CUGUGGGUGGUGUUUUUCAUUGAAAGUUGUUUUUGUUGGCUUAAAUACUGAUAAAUUUAAUGAAUCAGCGUCACCGUCAGUGGAUAUAAAUUGUAAAAAUAUUUUUAACAAAAUACCAAUUCGCAAAUAAAGUUCUUAAACUAAACGCUAUGGCCGCCACAUUAAAGCCCUACUUGACUGCCGUGCGCCAUUCGCUGACCGCUGCUAUGUGCUUGCAAGAUUUCCCCUCGCAGGUUGUCGAACGACACAACAAACCAGAGGUGGAGGUGUGCUCCAGCAAGGAAUUAGUACUAACUCCAGUAGUAAUUUCCCGCAAUGAACGAGAGCGUGUUCUCAUCGAACCAUCUAUUAAUUCUGUACGUGUGAGCAUUGCCGUGAAACAAGCCGACGAAAUCGAAAAGAUCCUUUGUCACAAAUUUACUCGUUUCAUGAUGCGGCGUGCCGAGUCGUUCAUCAUUUUGCGCCGGAAACCAAUUGAUGGCUACGACAUUAGCUUCCUGAUCACCAAUUUUCAUACGGAACAAAUGUACAAGCAUAAGUUGGUGGAUUUCGUUAUCAGUUUCAUGGAGGAGAUUGAUAAGGAGAUAAGUGAAAUGAAAUUGGCGGUGAAUGCGCGUGCACGUACAUGUGCAGAAGAGUUUCUCAAGCGCUUUUAGAGAUACACUUAACGUCAAUACGUCAUUUUCAUUUGCAUUUAAUUUAAGGUGUUAUUUCUAAAAGUUAAAAAAAAAAAAAAAAAUCACUUUGUAUUCCAGUAUGCAA